AAGCAGGGAGAGAAGGAAAAACACAAGUUAAUAAAUGAUAAAAAUAAAGGUUGUGCUAUUUUACCUUCACAACACAUGCUAUGUUUUUUGUUGAUGAACAUGCACCUGUUUGUAACAAAGAGUGAUAUUCAAAUAUUCAAGUAUAAUCUUGUGCCUCUUCCCUGGACGUACACGGAGACAAGCAAUAAAUAAUCCUUUGGAAUAAGAGACAACGACAGGUAUUGUGUCUGAGUUUUCAAUUACUUUUCAUCUCACCCUAACUAGAUGCAACAGGUUUUCUGUCAGGGUGGGAAAUUAACUUUUUAAAAUCUGAACAUCUACCAGCCGCCUACACAUAGCCUAUAUAUUCAGAUUCACCAGCCACUCAAUAGUAAAUCAUUAUUUUGUGUCUGAAAUCUACCAGACUCAUAUUUUACCAGCAUUUGGCUGGUGCCUCUUUUCUGUUUGCCAUGACAUUCUUAAGGAUGGAACUGCCAAAGUAUAAACAUUUGGCGUCAACUAGGAAGUCAAAUGAUCAGAUUGGCUCUAUCAGUGGAAUCACAGUUACGCCCACCAUGCUGUGACGAAGGUUUACAGGUUUUUACAGGUUUACCCACGGUUGGUUGACAGUGGAGCUAGAUUUUCAACAAACAACCCAUAACCACGGCAUCAGUCAACCAACUUAGCUGUUCUUCAGCCCAUUACUGUCACUGGAUCGUCCUUUGUAUUUCAGUGUCUUUGACUCCAGCCAUGCUCUCCUUCUCCGCCCCGCCCCUUUUCUACCUGAGUCUCCUCUUUCUGUCGUACCACUCCCCAGUUCUCUCCUGUUGGACUGGGAACUACAGCCAGUGUCAGUCCACUCCCUUUGUACCAGGCCACAACCUGGUGGGGGAGGGCUUUGAUGUGGUCACCCUGCAGCGUUCAGGAGCCUACCUGAUUGACGUGAAGACUUCCCUCACCCCAGCUGGCACCUGUACUCUCUGCUCCAACCCUCUUCAAGGCAACAGGCUUCAGAAACUGCCAGUCUCUGCAGUGGACUGGCGUGUGGAUAGCCAAUGCAAUACUGGCCUCCACCAACAUGUACACUCCUCUGUUAGCUCAUUGAUUGACUCUUACACCUCCCAGAGCAAAACAGAAUGGAAGUUUGGCUUACAUUUAAAUAAGUUUGUGUCGGCCAACCUGGAGGUGGGAGGAACACGGUCUGAUGCAUAUAACUUUGCUGCAGCAAGGACCAGAGAGGACCGCUACUCCUUCAGCACUCACAGGGUCACCUGCAGCCAUUAUCGUUACCGUGUUUCAAAAAGACCGCCCCUCAGCUCCGAGUUCAAGGAGGAUUUGGCCAGACUGCCAAGUCUCUACAACUCCUACACCAGGGCUCAGUACAGUGAGCUCAUACAUACCUAUGGCACACACUACAUCCGCAAGGUUCGCCUUGGGGGGCAAAUCAGACGAGUCACAGCUAUACGUGCCUGUUUGUCCUCACUGAAUGGGUUCUCCGCAUAUGAGGUCUACUCCUGCUUAUCAAAGGGCAUCUCUGUAGGCCUGGGGAUGUUGACAUUAUCCGGUAUCCAACCGUCUUGCAACAAAGUCCUACAGAACCGGGGCAACUCCGACUUCUACAGCUCUGGUCUCCACCAACACUACACAGAGGUGGCAGGAGGCACUGGUUGGUCGGGAGAGUUUUCACUCACUCAUAAUGACUUCCAGGGCUACAGGAAUUGGCUGAACACUCUUAAGGACCACCCGAAUGUUGUUUCAUACCGCCUUAGGCCAAUGUAUGAGCUGGUGCCAGAUAAGAUACAGAAGGCAGGGAUGAAGGCUGCCAUAGAGCAGUACAUAGGAGACAACGCCAUGAGGAAGUCACCCAGUGAAUCAUAUUGUACCAUAUAUUCCAACUGCUGUCCUAAAAAGGCCUGGAGGGGAACACUGGAGGUGACCAUCGUCCGAGCCUGGAAUCUGGACGGAGAUUAUCUUGCCUAUAGGCCUACUGACAGCUAUGCUACGAUGCAGUACGGUCCCGUCCAUCACAGGACUCGUAUGAUCGAGUCAGACAACCCCAGGUGGAACGCUCGUUAUGAUCUGGGCAUGGUGGACACACACUUAGAUUUGAAGUAUGAGGUCUGGGACGAGGACUGGCAAUAUGAUGACCGUCUGUUAUCAUGUUCGAGACCCUUGGAGCAGGGGAGUUGGAUAUUAACCUGUAGACGUGGGUCAAGUGGCGUUGAGGUUAAGUACACUCUCACCUGCGACACUCAUCUGACUGGUGAGAAGUGUGACCGUUACAAACCAUCUCCACAGUGAGAAAUACAUUUUGGAUCCACACUAUUCACAAAUGCUGCUUGCUUUUCUUUAAAAUCCAACUGAAAUCACAUUUAGUCAUCCCUUUUUGUAGUCAAAAUGAAUGUCAAUGUGUCUUUUAAAUGUAUUGUUAAUAGUUUUUAAUUCACAGCAGCUGGCAAGCUGCCAGAGUGUCGCUGUUACACCAAAGGUAACGAGAGACAAAGUAAACUAAAUUGCGCUGUAGUUCCACAUAAUGGGCAGACGUGUUCUUAGUUAGUGGUAUUGAAGAGCUGGGCCGAAGUGACAUUUGCAGGUACAUUUACAUGCUGUUUAAUUUGCUGCAGCUAAUUAGUUAAUUAGACCACUGGUGUUUUGAUUGGCUGUAUCAAAAUAAGGUUUCUUUCUACGCAGACGGAUAUCAGAACGGUAUUCAGUCAAAUGAAUGCUAAAUUACGGGCCCCAUCAUGAAACCAAAAAACAAAAUAUAAAUUUCUCCCAUUUGGUUUCUAAUUUUUUUUCUCAAAUGAGAACACAGGGCUGGAGAUUUACAGAGCAGAUAUAUACUGGAGCAAAAAGUGUAAAGUGCUUUAAGUGUAAUGGACCAGUCACACUGGUACACUGACACACAGGCACAAUGUAAUAAGUCAAAUGGCUAAGGAGCUCAUAGUUAUUUUCCUACAGUAACAUCACAAUAUUUAGUUUUCUGUUUUUACAUUUGUUAGUUUGAAUCAUUUAUUUUUUCAUCACCUAGUUAGAGAGAAAUUCACAUGCUGAUGUAUUUAAAUAAAUUAAAAUAAAUAAUCAUCAUUGUGUUUGGUUUUCAAUGGAUUAUAAUUAAAAAUGUAAGCCUGCACGCACAAACAUUUUGAUGAAAACAUUAAUAUCUGCUGCUGUGUGUUAAAUUUGUGAGUGGUGAAUUUUGGUGGUGGGGCCGUUUACAUUUGGACUGCAGAUUGUGUAGCUGGGGAUUUUCAAAUUUAAUUUGUCAAAACUGUCAAAUCUUUGUUUUGUCAAUUUUUGUGUGACUUUCUCAUGCAAAUAAAGACUGUCAAAACACGUG